AUGAAUGCAUUUUUUGACGGUUAUGUACAUUCUAGGACAAACUUAAAGGAGUUUGUUGACCAAUUUGAUAACGCGUUGAAAAAAAAGAUUGAGAAUGAAAAUCUCGCGGACUUCCAGUCAUUUAAUGUCACCAUCCCCUGCAUAUCUAGAUCUCCGAUUGAAAAGAGGUUCCAAGCGUUGUACACGAUUGCUAAGUUCAAGGAAGUUCAGCAGCAAGUCAACGGUAUCAUUGACUUGAAUUCGAAGUUACAUAAUUCUGUUGGUGCCAUAAAGACAUAUAUGGUUGACGAUGAAGUUUGUUUGGAAGAGUUCACUAAGUUGGUUAAAUACUUUGUGGACUUUAGUGAGAUUGAUGCAGUUGCAACGUGCUCUUGUGGAUUAUUUGAGAUGAGGGGGAUAUUGUGUCGGCACAUUUUAGCCGUGUUCAGGUGUAACGAUAUUAAAUAUUUGCCGAAAAUGUACAUUUUAGAUCGAUGGAGAAAGGAUAUUAAAAGGCGAUACACUUUAAUUAAAAGUUGCUAUGAGGAAUGGGAACAACGGCCAGAUUCUAAUAGAUAUUCAAGUCUGUUAAGUAUCUGUUAUCAGAUGAUUACCCAUGCAGCGGGUUCGAGUAAGCAUGCUGAGGAUGCGAGAGCUAAGUUACUCGCAAUGAUUGAGCUUUAUCGAGCGAAUGAAGAACCUCCAUCGAUGACUCAAGUUGGGUCCAAUAUUGAUAGUACGACAAAUGCCACUACGGUCGGUGGUGCUAGGGAAUUACAUAGUCCACGUGUGGUUAAAGGAAAAUGCAGACCUCCAUCUCUCAGAAGAGCAUCCAGGAUGGAGAUAGAAAUGUAG